CCUCCUCCACCCUCACCCGCCUCCCCCGCCUCCGUCUGCCUGUAGAAACAUCAACAAACGUCCUCCAUCACUUUCUUUUUUACCCCCAAAAACAACCCCAAAAGUCUGUGGGAGGUCCUCACACCUCUCAGCUCAGCCCGGCUCGGCUCCGGCACCACCACAAACCCAGUCCGCCCUUCACCCCCACCCCCACCACCUCCCUCCUCCCCGCCUCGCAGACCAUGAUGUUUCGCGAUCAGGUGGGCGUGCUAGCCAGCUGGUUCAAGGGGUGGAACGAGUGCGAGCAGACGGUGGCUCUGCUGUCCCUGCUAAAGAGGGUGAGCCGGACCCAGGCCCGCUUCCUGCAGCUGUGUCUGGAGCACUCCCUCGCCGAGUGCACCGAACUGCAGGUCCUGGAGGGAGAGGCCAACAACCCAGGGGUGAUCAGCCAGUGGCAAGGUGAGUCUAAGGAGCGCGUCAUCUCGCUCGUCCUCACCCACCUCCCUCUGCUCAAACCCGGCAACGUUGAAGCCAAGGGCGAGUACAUGCGCCUGCUGCCACGCAUCCUGGCCCACACCAUCGAGCAUGGCCACCACCUGGAGGAGUCCCGCCAGCUCCUGUCCUACGCCCUCAUCCAUCCCGCCACCUCCCUGGAAGACCGUGCCGCCCUGGCACUCUGGCUCAACCACCUGGAGGAGAGGGCCGCUGCCCGGGGAGACUCCCUGGAAAGGCCUCCUCCUGCUGGGCCUCAUCAUCACCACCACCAGUCCACGCCUCCAUCCACCCUCACCUCAUCAGGAUCCUCCUCCUCCACUAACACCUCUUCAUCAGGCAAUCUCUACACAUUGCAUCUCCACCAACGCUACGGCUCGGACGACCGCCUCAACGGGUGGCAGAGCUCCAGGGAUUCAGGGCUGGGCGGAGGCUGGCAUCAGCAGCAGCAGGGCUGUGAGAACGGGCACCUCCUUCUCUACCCGUCAUCCUCUGUGCCGGCAACCAUCAACACAGUUGGAACUGGUGGAGGCGGUAACACUAUCUUAACGAGUGGAGGUGGCAGCCAACAGCACAGUCCCCUGAAGCGCUCCGUGUCCCUCACGCCUCCCAUGAGCGGCCCCAGCAACCAGCCGCUGGGCCACGUCUGGCUGUCCCAGGAGGACCUACGGACCGCUAGAGGCCCCGCCCCAGACCACGCACCUCUCUCGCCCCAGAGCAGCAUCGCGUCCUCAGGCAGUGGAGGCAGUGAGCACCUGGAGGAGGCUGGCUUAGGAGGAGGUUCAGGUCUGCAUCGCAGUUCCUUCCACGAGGAGGGCAGUGGCAUGAGGGAUGUUCCUGCGUGGCUGAAGAGUCUCCGUCUCCAUAAGUACGCCGCUCUCUUCUCCACAAUGACCUACGAUGAGAUGUUGUCACUGUCUGAAGAGCAGCUUGAGGCACAGAAGGUCACUAAAGGAGCACGGCACAAGAUCGUUAUCAGCAUUAUGAAGCUCAAAGAGAGGCAGAACCUACUGCGCAGCCUGGAAAAGGACGUGUUGGAGGGCAGUAAUCUUCGCGCCCCGCUGCAAGAGCUCCACCAGAUGAUCAUGACACCUAUCAAGGCUUUCAGUGGCGGCGAGGAGGCCUCCAUGCAGCGCCACCUGCUGAGCCCCGAGGGAAAGAGUGCCGCGCCUGGCUCCCACCUGAGUGGGGGUGGCGGAGGGGAGGCUGAGUCAGGCACCAGCGUCAUCGCCGAGGGAGAUCUGCCCAGCCAGUUCACUCGUGUCAUGGGCAAAGUUUGCACCCAGCUACUGGUGUCGAGGUCAGAUGAGGACAACAUCAGCUCCUACCUACAACUCAUCGACAAGUGCCUUAUCCACGAGUCCUUCACUGAGACGCAGAAGAAGAGGCUGUUGUCAUGGAAACAACAGGUCCAGAGGCUGUUCCGGUCCAUUCCGAGGAAAACCAUCCUUGACAUAGCAGGGUACCGACCGCAGAGGAGCCGUUUCGGUCAGUCCAACUCUCUCCCCACUGCUGGCUGUGUUGGGGGCAGCGUGUCGGUCAGGAGGAGCCUUCGCCAGUUCCAGAUGCCCUCCAGGAGUUUGCCAGGUGCCAGACUGGGCCCCCUGGGCAGCGGGGGGCUGCUGGGACCCACACCUCGCAGCUCCAGCAGCACACCCACCGGUCCCAAGCAAGGGAGACAGGGUCUGUGGUUUGCCAACCCCGGAGGAAGCAACAGCAUGCCCAGCCGGACCCACAGCUCCGUGCAGAGGACCCGGUCCCUGCCAGUUCACACCACACCACAAACCAUGGUCAUUUUCCAACAAGCCGAUCUUCAGCUACCGGUGACGGAGCCAGACAUCAACAAUCGCCUUGAGUCUCUGUGUCUGAGUAUGACAGAGCACGCCUUGGGAGACGGUGCUGAUCGCACAUCAACAAUAUGAAACGAGGACCUGAGUGAGAGCAGUAGGACAGCGCAGGUUCACGAGGCUCUCUCACGAUAAGUCACCUCGAGGUCACCAGCCCUCCUGUCCCCCUCUUCCUGUAGCCAAUGGUAGAGCUCAACCAAAGGAUCGGGCGGGAUCCAAGAAACACAAGAGCGCCGAUCAUCACACGGCUGACACAAGCUAUCACAUUGGCACCGUCCAUCUGGUCGGAAAAAACACACUUCCUGCUCCGCCAGCACGCUCACAGUCACCUGCGUCUGGGUGAGGAGAGAGAAAAGCAUUGAACACGGCCUGGACAGUGCGUAAACAGCGCCCCCCUUCACUGGGGAUGCCAGAAGCAGUACUGCAGUCCAGUCAGCCCCAGCAGAAGGGAGACGCUGGCCUGUGGAUCAGGGCCCAGUGAGACUAAAGGCCCCUAAACGCUCUCCGACACCCUCUGGUCCCCGCACAUCGACCGCAGCUCGUGGCAUCUUUCAAAUCCAUAACAGUACCUCAGACCCGAAAACCAGACGAGACAAGCAGAGCUAGAAGGACCGCAGAAGGAGGUUUGGGAUUUCCUUGACUGUUUUCACUGAGGACCGAGUGUCCGGCGAGGACGCUUGUAGAGCUCGGGAAAGCCUUUUGCUCAGCAUUGGGUUGGCAUAAAAAAAACAUCAUUUAUUUGUGUUUGUAUGUAUUUAUUGUUUACAUAAUGAUGCUACUUUCAAAGGGUACAGAAACAUGUAUGAAUUUCAGGUAUGAAUCGUGUAAUAUUCUGUAAAGCCUUGGCUGUCUACCAGCUUUACGUCCCACGAGUAGCCAUCACGCUAGUUUACAACCAACGUGCUUAUUCUUUAUUUUUAGCAGCCAACGACAAAGACGUGUAGGCUAGAGCAUUUACCAAGAGAGAACAUAGUGAGAGAGAGAGAGAGAGCAGAAGUGUGAAGAGGGCGAUAAGAGGAAGAAGGAGAUGAGGAGAAAAGACACAGAAAGUAGUAGAAGAAAGAAUGAAGCUGAAGUGAUACUGGAAUGGGAAGCGGAUGUUUAAAGGAGAAAGAGAUCCGAGGCAGGACCUUUGAUCGGCUGAAGACCGAGGAAGAUGAUGUCAUGUCUAAUCGUGUUGUGAGUAAGUGUAGGAGGAAGUGAAUUUGGCACCGGUUAGUUACAUAUUGUUUAUCUAUAGCAUGUACUGUAUGAACUCUUUGAAUUCAGAGCCUCCGUAGGCACAAAACAUUGAACAUCUUUACACGUAAAUGGGAGAUUUAAUGCGGCCGUUAAUCGUCAGUGGGAUCUGUCUGCGUGUUCAGAUACCGGGUUUAAGUUGUUUUUCUAAAGCAGGGUGAUAUGCUUAAGCUGCAUGUUACAACUAAAAUAUCUUUUUCUUGGAGGAAAGGAGGAUUGUGAAAUGUGGAGUGGCCGAAAAAGAAAAACAGGAGGUCGAUUCGGUUUCCACUCGGACCGUGUUGCUGAGAGGAUUGCGACAUCGGAGAGAUCACACACUGUCAAUCCAUGAAGGGUAGUUUUCCCCGAGAUUGUCUCAUUAGUGCUUACCUCCACCUGCUGGCCAAACGCAGUCACGACGAGGCAGACGUCUGAAGUCCGUGCACACACACAGGCACUCUGCACAGCGUUGUAAAGUCACUGAAGAGCAACGUGUGGGGAGUCAGUUACUGCAGGGGGGAUGUGUAACGUUGGUCUUCUGUCUGCUCUGUCAGCUCAGGCCUACAUGGAAUUUAUUUUCUUUUGUUCAUUCUGAAUCUCAUGGUUAUUCUGUGUCUUAAUAUUUAUCCUCAGUUUAUUGCGUCUGGAAUACAGACUUUAUAAGAAUAGGUUUAUAUCGAGAAUAAGCUGGUUAGGAAGCUCCCCUCUGUGCCGCUUUCAACUGAGCGUGUGUGCUGACCCUGAAUGGUCAUCAUUGAGGGUCACUGAUUAUUAUUAUUAUUAUUAUUAUUAUUAUUAUUGUUUAGUUUCUUCAUUAGUUUGUUGCAAUUCUUUAGUACUUUCCUUUGUAUCCUGCACUUGAUAUGAUAAUGUGAUACACUAAAAAAUCCAAAUGUUCAAGGCUCAAAAGCAGCAGUUUGGUGUUUUGGAGUCGGAUUGGAGCAGAUUGAGGAGAUGAGAUUGAAGCUCCUGACGCGCCCUCGUUGACUUUAAAGGAUUUCUGUUUGUCUGAUGGUGGAUGUUGGAGGUGAAAAUACUCAUCAGCCACACAGUUAAAGGACCAUACCAGUGUUUGUGCAUGUUUUAGCCCAUUUAUUUGACUUUACUAUCAACUAUUUUUAGGUUUUUUUAUGUUCGUCCACAGUUUCCACUCAUUUUAUUAUGGUAUUCAAUAGGUAUGCACCGAUUGGGAAAUUCUGGGCCGAUAGCUGAUGUUUUUUUUGUUAUUUAUUCGCCCUGUUGUUCAGAGCAUUUAGGCCUUGUUGCAGCUCAGACUAUUUCUCUGUGAGACGCAGACACUCUCUGUCUCAUCGGUAUCUGUGUGCAAUCUGUAUCAGUGCUGGAGAAACACAGGAGAUUAUUUCUCCAAUAUCAAAGUUUCGAAUUAACCAACACAACAGUUAACCAGCGCAAAACUGAGGCAACACAACACAUAAACAUCGGUGAAAGCCAUAUUAUUUUGCCCAUAAGGCCGGAUGUCAGUCAACAAGGUACCUGUAGUAUCAACUCACAUACGUUCACACUGCAAGCCUUAGUGCUCAAUUCUGAUUGAGUGCUCAGAUCAGAGUCUAGACUGAGGUCCUGAAGUGAGCUGCAUGUUGAAUGUUGAUCUAGAGUGACGUGAAAAGCUCUGAUUCAGAUGUGAGUUGUGCCAGAUUUGGUCCUGCAGUGUGAACGGAGCUCAUGCUUCCCUGAGAGAGUGAAUCCAUCACAGGAAACGUCCUUGUUUACUUUUAGAAGUUCUUCCUGUUUGAUGGCUUGUUUUUUUUUUUAAAAGAUCUGCACCUAAAAUAAAUGCCGCUACGAUGUCUGCUGUGAUGAACGACCCUCUCAAGCAAGCUUCAGGACUAUGAGUAGAAACCACUGGCGACCUAAAACGUAGAAAAACACUACAGUACAGCAGUGAUACACGCAGUCAGUGUGUGAGCUGUAUUAAAGGGGACGAAAACAUGCAGAAAUCCUGUUACGGUUCCUUAUUCUGCCUCUGACAGGCCCGUUGAAUCUGUACACACACACACACACACACACACACACACACACACACACACAAGAUAGAAGUGUGUGUUGUUAGUUUUACUGCUGCACACUCAGUGUUUCAAGUGUGCGUGUGUGUUUUCUGCUCUUAUACUUUGAGUCUAUAAGAGCCAAUCAGACGUCAUCCGUGCGUUUGUGAACGAAGAUGAAGACUCCACCAAAGCAUGAAUGUGACAUGAAUUGAUCCUGAAUGGAGAAUCUGAUGUUACACCUUUUUUUUUUGUUUUUUAUUUCUGCAGCUCCUCACUGAGAGUCGGACUGUGUCACUGCCAUAUGAAUCAGUACUUAAAGUAGAUACAAUUAUUUAUUCUUUUUUUUUUUUUUUUCAGAGGUGAUACUUUUACUCAUUUAGGUGUAUUAUUAUUUAAAGUACCAUAUGUAUUAACAUGUUAUGGCUGGUGACCAUACGUACAUCUCAAAUAUUAACAUAGUUAUUGUUGACUUUGACUUAUUUUUCUUUUCUUUUCUUUUUGUUGUUGUUUUUUUUUUUUUUUGUUGAACUAUAAUCUUGUUUGUAUCUAUCGGUGUCUUGUCGAGGUUUUUUUCAUGUGAAGCUUCGCUGUCGGAGCGCAGCCGAGAGCCGGUCCAUCACAGACGCAAUCCCUUUUUUCACGCUUCGGUUACAAAAUUCACGCCGGACGAGCUGUCGGCAAAACGAGGAAGAGGUGUGUUGUAGUAGUUGUUAGGCGGGGGCCAGGAAGUAGACUGGUCCAUUCUGAUCUGGAGUCUGAAUUUGGUGCUGUGGGCGCGUAACUCGAUGGUCCUGAGUGGGAGAGGUUUAUACUGUAGUUUGUUUUUAUAGGUAUGUCGCUGUUGUUGUUCUGUAUUUUUCUUUUUGUCAACAAAACCCAUGAAAAGACCAACAACAACAACAACAACAACGUGUCCCUACGUCUCUCAGUACUGCCCCACUUCCCUACCAACAUUGUUCCUGCUGAAGAUGUAAACCUUUAAAAAAGGCUGGACAUUGUAGUUUUUAGCAAACGUUACUCAAACAGGAAAUAGUGCAUUUAUUUGGGACUAUUUUCAGCUGCGGAUGAAUCCACGUUCUGCGCUGUGGUGAGUGUUUGUGGCAGGGGGACAGUGUGUGUGUUUGUUUUGGUCUUUUUCUUUAAUGGGAUUGGUUUAUUUUAAGAAAAGUAGAGAAUAUCACCAGACGUAUGCUUUGUUAGAAUAACCUGCAGUCAGUAAUGUAAUCAAAGGGAUUAUUGAAACUAGUAUUUUUACAGUAUUUUUUAUUUACUUUCAUAUCACGUUGCCAUGUUUGAGUUAUAAAGGUGUUGAUACAAAGUUCAGGAGAUUUAUUUUACAGUUUUCUCGUCUGUGCCAUGUCUUUUUUCUAGAAGUACAGACUGCCUGGCGUUUAAAUAACACGAGUUCAUGUGAUUUGUUGUUUCUAGGCGACAUUAACAGAGUAAAGUUACACGUUUUUUUGGAUUUAAAGAGUUCAAAGCAGCAGCACAGGCCUCCAGUUUCUACUCAACCCCUGGUUUCCUGCAGCAUCUCUGGGUCAAAGAGACGUCUGCGUGAACUCAGAACCAACCUGUGACGGGACACUGGAGGGUUUCAGCUCUGAGGUCUGGAUCAUUACACAUCUCUUCAAACCAAAUGCUCUAUUCUUUUUUUGUUUUGUUUUUUUUCUAAAUGCAUAUCAGCUCUGUGGGUGUUCAGGAGUGCUUCUAACGCUGUGCACACUGCAGUAUUAACAGUUAGAUAACGCCUUGAUAUUCCAAAAAAAAAAACAUUUAAUGUACUUUUAAGACAUAUAUGCUGUUUUGUAUCUUUUAUUUUUGUCAUAGAUUCUGCAGUUUAGUCAGUUUAUGUUGUUUAUGGGAUGCCAAGACUUCUUUUUUUUUGUUUUUAUUUUGUAAAUUCAGCAGCAUCCAUACUGUAACAAAGUGUUGCCGCUUGACUGUGCUCCUUUAUUGCAUUUAGUUUUAUUUUAUCAAAGAGCCGAUGUCCUGUAUUGACUGCAGGCUUACGUAUAUAUUUGACAAAAGAAUAUUGUAUGUUUAAUAAUAAAAAAACACAAAAAAGACAAAAAAUUGAAGAAAAUGCAGAAAAAAGAAAAGGAGAAGAUUGAAAAAAGUGUAAUUUAUAUUUUAAAAACUGCAUGCACAGGGCUGGGAAAGUCAUAUUUAGAAUAACAAAUGGCAGUGCCUUUUUUGUACUCGAGACAUUCACCACAAAUGUAAAUGGUUUUUAUAUAGACUUUAAAAACUGUAAAGUUACAGGAUGAAACUAGCGACAGCUGCGUCGGGUCGCGUUCACACUGCGGCUACAAGCGUCCCAGUUCAGGAUGUUCCCCUCCGUUCCUGCAUUAUGUAACAUAGACACAGUCCCAGGUAGGAAAAGACUGAAUAAUUCAUCUGUUUUUCUAACUUUAUAAAUCAGAAAUCUGAUCCAUAUCUGACCCGUGGUCCUGUGAUCAUAUCAUUGAUGCUUGUUUUAUGUCUCAUAUCCACAGAACUGAUCACUGUAAGGAUCAUUAAUCAGUCAUGCCUUUUAUUUGAGAUUGCUGCAGCCUAAAAUGCCUGAUUUCGUUGCAGCAUUUAUAAAAAGUUGCAAUGUAUUUAGGCUUUUUUUUGUGCAAUAAAAUUGCAGGAGAAAGUGAAAAGUUUGUUCCAGUGGGAAUGAAACAGCUCGUAGUUCGGUGGCGUACGGCUCAACUGGCUGCAGAUUUCACAGAGAUUGGUUAAAUUUAUGUCGAGUGUUGCCAUCGUGACUUUCCGGAGGGACUGAUUUAGUUUCUGGAUUUAGUUUGUAUUUUACGGAGACUCCUCAAAUUUGGCUGCAGCACCUUCAGAGUCCUCCAGAGUGAUAAUUAAAAGUCCUUGUCUGGGCUGAUCAGCAACCAGUAUCAAACUCUAACUAAUGGUUAGUUUCAAUGACAGGUAAUAUAGAUGAUUGCUUCGGCCUUUAAAAGGUCAGAAAAUGGUGGAAAAUGUCCAUCAAGUGACUUCUUCAAACUGCCCCAACAGGCUGAAACCCAAAAAGAUUUUUUUAUCUGAUUCACUGAUUUCCAAACAACAACGUCACAAACAUCUUCCUCCUUUUGAGCUGUAAUUUAACUAAUGCAGCUGUGAGGUGCAUCAAUUCUCCAAAUUCUGACUGAUUGAUCGAUUGAUGCAUUGAUGAUCAGUGUAACGUGUAAAAAUAGUGACAACAUGAUACAGUAGCUCGACACUGGCGUCGAUACUGACGUUAUAAAGGCGAUGGGGCGUCGGUCGGACAUGAGAAACAGUUGAUUUGUCACUAUUGUUACAGCACUGAGUGGUUCCACCUUCAUUCAGCAGAAAUCCCUCACACACAACGUUUCCUUAAUCACAGUUUUCUGUUCUGCUGCGAUGAGCUGAUGUCAUAAAUAUUAACUCAGUUUCCACUUAUAGUGACGGAUUAUUCGCAGUUAGACUCUCAUGUACACAUUACAUAUUAAAUAGUUUGAAUCAGUUCGGUGCUGUUGAGGUGUACAGAUUUUGAACUGGCACUGGUGUUAGAUCAGUGAUCUGUUUGGACUUUAUCACUGAAUCUCUGUUUUUUUAUCAAAAUCUCAUCAAAUGAACUUAUUUAGCAGCGACAUAAAUCAACAUUAAAUUCAAUCGGUGAUAUUUGGUUUAUCAGAUGCAUUUUACAACCUCACGGCCAAGUUUAAACAUUAAAAAUAAACUUGUGUAAUGUAUUUUUUGGUGUUAAAACGCCACUUUAGAGCAGCUUCAUGUCGGAUUGGUUCUGCUCUCAGAAGCUAAACGUGAGGACUGAAACAAACUCUGAGGCGAGCAGUGUGAACGCGUCCUGCGGCGGUGAGCUCGGUCUGUUGUGUCUGUACUCUGUAGGUACUUCUUAAUGCUGAUAUGAAGUUAUGAAUUAUUCUGGUCUGUACAAAAAAAAUAUGUGUGAAUGGUUGUGUGACAGUGAGGAUGUGUGUGUGUGUGUGUGUGUGUGUGUGUGUGUGUGUGUGUGUGUGUGUGUGUGUGUGUGUGUGUGUGUGUGUGUGAAUACAUUCAAGUGUUUUUCAUUGUGUCUUGCUGUAAUUUUGUCGCGACGUACCAGAAUGCUGUGACUUGGCAUGCCCCCGUUAUACAUAAAAACAAAAGUUGUAACUCC